AUGGCCAAACACAGGGAUUCACAGAAAUCCUUAAUCCCCAGCCAUGGGCAAAAGAUGACAUCAGGCAAAAAGGUGAAGGUGUCGCCGACGCCGUUGUCCCACAAAUGGAAACAGGACCGAGAGCAGUCUCUGGAGUCAGCUUAUGUGCCUGUGGUGGUGGAUCCUCGGGGGCAGAAUCCAGACACUAGGAUCAGGUUCAGUUUCUACAACUCACAGUAUUCCAACUCUCUAAAUCCCUUCUACACCCUGCAGAAGCCCACCUGUGGCUACCUGUACCGAAGAGAAACUGACCACACCCGCAAAUGCUUUGAUGUACCUCCAGCAAACCUGAUCUUGUGGCGCACCUAG